AUGCAACGCUUGGUGUGGCGACCCAUGGGCUCGUCCUGUUUCGAAGAAGAAGGUGUCGAUGCCGUCGUUGUCGUCGUUGUCGUCGUGGUCGUUGUCGUGGUCGUUGUCAUGGUCGUCCUCCUUGCCCGUGCUGCUGGCUCAGUUUGUACGAGCUUUCUUCGUAUCUUUUCGUCGUCCAUCCAACAGCAGCUUCGUUUCCCCAUCCGACCUCGCCAAGGUGUGGCAGCCGGAAGAUCGAUGGGACGACCAAUCACCCAUGGCCCACCACCCAUCCAUCACCACCCGGCGAGACAGCCAACGCCGACGGCAGGACCGGCAGCGAGAGCGACGCCAGCAGCAGGGCCGACAGCGACGCCGACGCCGGCCUCAACCCCGACAUUGACACCAGAAGCGCCUAACGAGCCUAUGGCGACGGCUCGCCACCCCGGCAGUCUUCGUAGGGCUGAGGGCUGUCAGCGAGCGCCACCGUGGACAGCCGCACCUCGUAUCGACCUGAGGCUAUACACGUGUGUACCGAAGGCUGCCCUCGCAGCGGGUGCGCGACCCUGUACGAUCGCGUACGAGUACCUGGCAUAA